AGGAGCAGAUCUGGGGACAGCCGGACAGGACUGUUGACUGGACUGGAUUUUUGGCUUUGAGGCAGUUGAUUCUCCUUCGUAUGUUCAAAAGAAAUAAACAGUGCUUGUUGCUUGACGAAGAUGAGAUCGAAAUGCAGGAUUUGGUGGCCGAAGCAGCUCUCAUCUUGCGAACCAAAACCCACCAUUUGGUUUGGGUGGUUCGUCCAUUCUUCUUGGACUUCUAUCAACGUUGUUGUAGCUCUUGCAGCUUCUCCUAACGAGAUAUCGCGUUCCUGCUUCCAAUCUGGGCUUCAGGAAAUUCUUCAUUACACAAAUUCGAGGAUGCCUCUAUCUCUACAGGAAAAAUCAACAUUUUCUAUUUUGGGAUACUGUGCUAUGGAUUGUAGCUUUAGUGAGCAACUUCAAGGUAUUGAAAUAGAAGACGUUGGCACAAAAUCCAACAAUUGCGAAAAGUUGUACCCAGAGAAAAGUCAAGAUUUAUUUGGAGAAAAUCAUGGACGAAGUUCUUGUGAAUGCCACAAGUAUAGAUUCUUUGAACAAAGCAACAUGGUUUCUAUUGGAAUCAAUAAUUGGAUCCAGCUCUCCUAUGAUUCUCAUGAAUAUCAUUGUAGAAAGAUCCAUGGGAUUCCUAAGUUGCAUCACAUACACUGGAGUAAAAGAAUAGUGUAUAACUGUGAUCUUCACGUAAUAAUUUAUGACCCACCAAAUUUUGGCAUACACCAUUUCUUGAUGAGUUCUUGUGUUUCUUCUGAGCAAGUUGAGAUGCAGUCCAAGAGGCCCAAGUGUAUUGAUGAACUUUGUCAGAAACAAGCACUCCCUGACCUGGAUAUAGUUGUCUUGGCAAUCAACUGUGCAACUGCUGCUAAUAACUCAUUUGAGAGAUGUAUGGGCUGCAAAACUCCAUUGAAUUGGUUGUUUGCAAUGACAUGCAGCUCAAUAGCCAUGUUUGUAGCUUCAUUCUUCACUCUUUUCUACACCAUUCUUCAGAUCUUUCAUGCUUUUCUCAGUUAUGGAUCGCAUUCAUUGAUCUACAAGAUAUUAGCAAAGGUAUUUAGUCAUACAUGGAAGAAUGUCCAUAUUCGCAGCUGUCAGUUACUAUAUUGGCCAAUAUUCCUUCAAGAAGGUGGUUUCAGGUCUCAAUCAAAUGUGCAAUAUGCAGAGAGAUAUUCCUUACGUAAGCAUUCAAUGUGGUCAAGCAUAGCUAUUGAUCUUCUUUUGGGGAAUAUGGUUGGUGUGGCAUUGUUAAUACAUGCAGAAGCUGUAUCUUUAUGGGUUUCCAACCUUGUACACAACAUAACAAAUACUGUGCUGCGUUUGGGUUGUGUAUGGCUGAUGGGGGUCCCAGCAGGUUUCAAACUGAAUAUGGAGCUAGCAAGAGGUCUUGGCUUGAUCUCACUUAAUGUGAUUCAUAUGUGGUCUACCCUCUGGUUCUUUGUUGGUUUCUUCUUCAGUUAUUUUCUUAAAGUACUUUCUAUUUCUGGGAUCAUUUUGGGCACAACUGUAUCGGCUUCUCUGAUCAAAGACAUGAUUGUGAUGGCAACUUCACAUGUCUCAACUCUUCAUUGGUUGAUUUCACUUCUAUAUUCGCAACAGAUCCAAGCUUUGGCAGCCUUAUGGCGUCUUUUUAGGGGCCGAAAAUGGAACCCACUUCGACGGAGGUUGGAUAGUUAUGACUACACUGUUGAGCAACAUAUAGUUGGAUCUCUUCUUUUUACCCCCCUACUACUUUUACUACCUACAACUUCUGUUUUCUACAUUUUUUUCACAAUUAUGAAUACAACAUCUAGUUGCAUCUGUAUAUUGAUUGAGGUCAUUGUGUCAAUCCUUCAUGCUACACCUUAUGCUAAAAUUUUCAUCUGGAUGGUAAGACCAAGAAGAUUUCCGUGCGGAAUAUGGUUCGAAAUAUUAACUGAUCCAGGUAGUAAGGUGCUUGGUCAUCCAGAGGUUGGAUAUAUUGAUGAAGACCAUCCAGGAUGUGGGAAGACUCCAGAAGACGGGACAAAACAGGAAGAUGAAAAAAGAUAUGCAAUUAUGAUUUCAUUUCUUCGCAGCAACUUUUCAAAUAUAGGACAAAUCAUUCUACCACACUACAGAGUUUUGUUUCAUGGGGUUUCUCUGUCAUCUGGUGCUUCACCUGCCUAUGGACUUUUCACCGGAAGAAGAAUUCCUUCUGCUCUGGGAAUUUCUCUCCCUCCAUCAAUGCCAUGGAUGUCUGUCACCUGUAGGGAGUAUUGGCGACUAUGCCAUGACACAAUAAUUGCAUGCAUGAUAGAUGACUUCUGACAGAUUCUGCUAACCUAAUAUCACAUUCCACUUUUUCCAACUCAAUUCUUUGUUUCCACUUACUGCUAAUUGGUUCUCUUUCUUUUAUUAUUAUUUUUGAUGAGGAUGUGUGCUCUGCUUUCAUACUGUGGGGGGAUGAGGUAAAAGUUAUCUCACGUGGCUCACUUGGCAAAAGAUUAUAGCCACAGGAACUGAGGAGAGUUUCUUCUUUACCAUUUGAUGAGUGUGCUUUUGGUCCAUCCUGUUGGAGACCAGCAUUUGUUGUUGUUGUCGUCAUCGUCGUCGUCGUUGUUGUUUCCUCUUUUUUUUUUUAAUUUUAUUUAGUUACUGUGCUUAUGCUAGCCAUAGACCUUAGGUACCAAAUCUGUUAAAUCUAAAAGGUUCCGUGAUAGAGUAGAAGGUUCACAAAUUUGUUUAGCUUACUUUUUUCUUUUUUUUGAUUUCUCAUUUCUGUAAAUUAUAUUGAUGUAAAAGCCUGACUUUCAUAUACAAAAAGCUUUACAAAUACCUUAAUCAAGUAACAUAUGAAGUGCAUAAGGUGUUAUCACAGACUAUACCCUCCUUUAUAUUCAAGAGUUCUUUUUAAAGACGGCCAGUGAAACAGAUACUUUUCUCUGUUAGUCAUUCCAUGAAGUGUGUGCAUUGUGAUCCUCCAGUGGACCAUAUUACACAAUGAAAGAACUUCUUUUGAACAGCUUUAGCACCGCCUGUCCAUUUCCAAAAAAAAAAAAAAAAA